GUGAAAGCCCAAUAUCUAUCUCAUCCGUAUUCGUUAUUUUCGUCUUCCUCUGGAUUCGAGUUUCAGAGAACUAGGGUUUUCAAGUUAUAAGGCGAUUCUCCUCCAAAGUUUUCUUGUUACCUUGUUUUGGAUUUUGAGCAUUCAGAUAGAUUGCUAAACAAAUAAACUUGUCCUUUUUUUGAGGGGGACACUGUCAAUAUCUUGUCUAUAUCUAUAUUUCGAGAGAUUCACUGCUCUGUUUUUCGCCUUUUGAGCAUCAUCAUCCUCUGUUUUCAUUCAGAAUUCUCUCUUGCCUGUCUCUGUUAUUGUUGUUACUAUGUGGGUGUUCCCUUAAUAGAAAAUCAUUCACUUUGCAACUCCCUAAAGCCAUACAUUAUGGCACAGAUUCAGUCGAAGAUUCUUACUCUGCAACUCCGUUUGGCCUCUCAUAUUGUUUCGACCUUUCCAUAUUUGUAUUCUUUCUUCAGUGAAUGCUUCUGGCAUCUGUGCUUUCUUCACAGUUGCCUUGCAAGCUUUCCUUUUUUUAGAUACAUAAGAUGCCAAGGACAAGGACCGGUGAGGAUGGAAAGCAUAUGGAAUCUGAAGAGCUGGUAGACCUUGAUGGAGACAAUGAUCCAGAGGAGACAAUGGAGGAAGAGGUUGAGUAUGAAGAAGUAGAGGAAGAGGAGGAAGUGGAAGAAGUGGAGGAAGAAGAGGAAGAGGAAGAGGAGAUUGAGGAAGAGGAAGAAAACAAGGAGGUUGCUGAUAAGGAAAAUUUCUCAGAUGGUGAUGAGGAGAUAAAAGGUGCUGAGGCCAAAUCAGAAGAUGAGCAGAAAAUACAUGCAGAGCUUCUCGCGCUUCCUCCUCAUGGUUCAGAAGUGUACCUUGGUGGCAUUCCUCAUGAUGCAUCUGAGGAGGAUUUAAGGGGAUUUUGUGAAUCUAUUGGCGAAGUCACCGAGGUUAGGAUAAUGAAGGGUAAAGAUUCAGGUGAGGCCAAAGGUUAUGCCUUUGUGACCUUCAGAACCAAGGAAUUUGCUGUUAAGGCCAUCAAGGAACUGAAUAAUUCUGAAUUAAAGGGAAGAAAGGUAAGAUGCUCAACAUCUCAAGCAAAACACCGACUGUUCAUUGGUAAUGUCCCCAGAAAUUGGGGAGAGGAGGACAUGAAGAAGGUUGUGACUGAUAUUGGACCUGGAGUCAUUUCUGUGGAACUGUUGAAGGACCCACAAAACUCAAGUCGGAAUCGUGGAUUUGCUUUUAUCGAAUAUUAUAAUCAUGCGUGUGCAGAAUACUCUAGACAAAAGAUGUCAAACCCAAAAUUUAAGCUUGACAACAAUGCUCCAACUGUGAGCUGGGCAGACCCUAGGAAUGUGGAGUCAUCUGCUACUUCGCAGAUUAAGGCAGUCUAUGUCAAGAAUUUACCAAAAGAUAUAACUCAGGAUAAACUAAGACAGCUAUUUGAGCAUCAUGGAAAGAUCACAAAAGUGGUUCUUCCACCUGCCAAACCAGGUCAGGAAAGGAGCAGAUUUGGCUUUGUGCACUUUGCUGAAAGGACAAGUGCUAUGAAGGCAUUGAAGAACACUGAGAAAUAUGAAAUUGAAGGUCAAGUUUUGGAUUGUUCUCUUGCAAAACCACAAGCAGAUCAGAAGUCUCCUGGAGCAGCAAAUUCAAAUAAGUCUACCUUACUUCCCAACUACCCAACUCGCAUUGGUUAUGGUAUGGUUGGUGGUGCUUAUGGUGCUAUGGGUGCAGGAUUUGGUGGUGCAGGUUUUGGACAACCACUGAUCUAUGGUAGGGGGCCCACUCCUGCUGGCAUGGCAAUGAUGCCAAUGCUUUUGCCAGAUGGAAGGAUUGGAUAUGUUCUGCAACAGCCUGGUUCUGGUAUGCAAGCACACACCCCUCCAUCACAGAGCCGAGGUGGAAGAAGUGGUGGAGCUGGGAGCUCAAGUGGUGGAAGACGUAGCAGUGAGAGCAGCCGAGGGCGCAAUCGAUAUCACCCUUAUUAAGUAGUGACUCAAAAGUGGAAAGUGAAGAGAAUAUUCUGGGUAAACGUUAUUUACUCUGGGGGCCAAAAAGAGAACUAAUUCAAUUGGAGCAUUGCAGCUAAAGUCAAAUCCAAUGGCAACUGCAGGAUCUCGCCAUGACAAAAUUUGUUGAACCACUUUUAUGUAUGUAUCAAAAAUUAAAUUAUAUUUGUUUCAUGCUGCCUUCGGUUCUGAUCCUCGUUUAUCAAAAGCUCGUUGUUCUUGAUGGAAAGAGAACCCAGUACAAGACAAAAUGUCAAGUCAAUGAAUGCCUACUACAACUCCAAAAUAGUUUCUUUUUAUUUUAUUUAAUUUUAUUUUUUCAUCA